CGAGGGGGGGACCAUAGUGUCACUGCCACCAACUAAGCUGGCUGGUUAGUUAUUGGCGUUUAUUAGUCACCGCUCACCGCUAUCCAUGGAAUCCAUCCUUUCAUUUUUUAUAUUAUUAUAAUGGAUUAUGGAUAUGCAAUUAUGCAUUACGCCAAUACCUUCAUUUAUUUUUUGUUUGUAGAGGCAGAUUGUGAGCUCACAUACUUUUCUUACACACCAAAUCAUCAAUAUAUAACACAAUACACACGCUCUCUCGGUCUCAAUGUCUGGGGACUGUGGAGGGUGUCAUUGACAUUUUCAUUCAAUACCUCAGACCCAGUCUCUGUCUCAGUCUGCCACUUUGCACUUCACAGAAAGAGAGAAACAAAUAUGGCACGCUUACCCUCACUACUCCACCCUUUUUGGCUUUACUUUAACGCCAUCUUUUCUAUCUCCUUCCACUCUCUCCUUAUUAUUUAUUAUUAUAAUAAAAAUCAUCAAUGUCGAUUGCACAACUGCACCCUCCUAUCCUACCUAAAUCCUAAACAUUGGUUGCAAAUCCAACCGAAACAGCUCUUACCAAAAAGUCACGAAGGAAAAAAGACUUUAGCUGAACUAAAAGAGGAGGAGACUUUGUUGCUCAAAGAAAGGAGAAGCUUGAAAAAUGAACUUGCAUCGUUGCGUCUCACACUUGAGAAACAUAGAGCCACAAAUGAAAGCUUAAAGAGAUUAAAGCUUGAUUUGGAGUCGCAACGGAACUCUGAACCAACUAAAAUCUGCGAGGAGUCUAAGAAAGGUGUGGUUGACCUACCUCAGUGCCAUCCAUCAACUUCUCUGUCCCCAAAAACUGUUACACAUAAGGUUAUUGAUGGCCAUUCAUAUGUUUGUCCACUAAAUUCUCGUUCCAAAUCACAAGAGAUGAGUAAAAAAGAAUCUACCUUGGUGCUUCCUGAUCUAAAUUUACCUGUGGAUGUGGAUUUGAGCUCCAAUUGCAUGGACUGAAUCAGCUAAUAAGAAACCGGGUCGCUGCAGAAUAAUAUAUGUACUAUGAUGCAGCCUAACAAUUUAGGUUUGUGCUAAUGUAAUUGUUCUAGAUGCUGAAGAGUAAACCAUUCAUGUUCGUUGGUCAACAUUCACGUGGAAAUUGUUUCCCAGGGUAGCUUAGAAAUCCUAACAGAUCAGGCUUAGUAUUUCACUAUUUUCAUAUUUUUUUCGUUCCAUUGUUUUCUACAGCGUCCAAAAAAAAAACCCUGUAUUCCUUCUCUUCAUUUUUAUAGAAAAUAUUUACUGAUAAAUGUAAUUACGUGUUCUAUAGAUGAUUCAAUAACUUUGGUUAAAGGUUGUCCGUAACUGUAUGAUUUGGUUGUAUCUUGGG